AUGCUAUCUGUUUCCUUCGUUUUGAUCUCGCUCCUAGCAGGUGCUUUUGCUGAUAAUGAUUGGUCAAAACCUUGCUUCUCAGGGGUAUGUCAAUACGAUUUGCCUGCAACAAAUGGUUCGGCAUCUGGGACAUUGAAAAUCUGGGGUUCUGCGACCGCCAUUUCCGAUAUCACGACAGCAGCUGGAUGGGAUAUUUUGGACUGCUCCAGCAGCUCAUUGAAGCAAGAUAUUCGACUCGUCUGCAGUGGAAACUCAACGGAUUGCGCUCAUUUGUACAGUGGCACGGGAAACAACAAGAAUGCAGUAGGAAAGCUCGUCCGCCUACCUGAAAAUUGCGGUAAAAGCGCAUUCGCAGUUGUUACCAAUGCAUACGUUUCACAAGAUCAAUCAAUACCAUCUUCGCUUUCCCGUCGUGAUGGGAAGAAACCGACUGUGCAGGGUCUCAGCAUCGACACCAGUUUUGCUGCAUCUGGGCCAGUGAACUUUGCUAUCCGAGCGGCUAACGUCCCGGGGGCCAACGGUGAUCUUGCCAUCAAUCCUCAACAACAGAGGAGAAGCAACAGCCGCAUCUUUGGACGCGGUGCAGUUUCUGAUUUUGUGACCGGUGCUGUGAACGAUAUUUCAUCUCUCAACGACUUUAAUGUCGACAAAAGCACGACCCUAAGUCCUGUCGAUGUGGACAAAACCUUCAACCUUUUGGACAAGAGCAUUUCUUGCCCUCCAGUCGAUGCUAGCGUUAAGGUCGACGCUGAUACCAAGGCGCACGCUGUAGCAUCCAUUGGAGUUGCUGCCACUGGCACAAUUCUCCCCCCGGAGGUAACAUCCUUUUCCCUUAUAGCAGGUCUAAAUGCUGACUUAGACGGUACCAUUGACUUGCAAGCCACUGCCUCGGGGACUUUGGAUUCUGGCAAAAUCCAGCUUUUCGAAGUCGGCAUUCCUGGCCUUGAUUUCCCAGGUGUCUUGACUAUUGGACCAUCUUUUGUGAUUAAUGGCCAAGCAACUGCAACAUUGGACCUGGACGUUGGGCUCACCGUUGGAAUUAGCUAUACCAUUGAUAAUGCCCAGCUCACUUUCCCGCCAAACGGUCAGAAAUCCUCAGGCGCGUUUAACAUUGGGGAUACUCCUUUGAAAAUUACAGCAGGCGCAACGGGCAAGGCAACUGGGACCGUCGAAGCCCAUCUCAUUCCUACGCUCAACUUUGGCAUUUCUGCCUUGGAUGACACCGUCAGCGCUAAUGUCUUUCUUGAGCUUGAUGCCAGUGCAACCAUGUCAUUGACUGUACAGGCCGAGGCAAAUGCUUCUGCCACUGUCAAGACUAGAAGUGAAUUAAUGUCCAAGGCUCAGUCUCGUCGUGGAAAUUUCCUAUUGAGCCCAGAAUCUCUGAACGCCCGUAGACCGCAAUCUGACGACAAUGAAGAUGAUAGCGAAGCCGAUUCCGGGUCCGAGGACAAUUCAUCCUCUAUAGAUGAGGAUGAAGAUAGUGCAGAUGGUGAUGUGGGCGAUGAUACGAGUGAUGCUGACGCGGAUAGCGAUGCUGACAUUGAUGCAUCCAAUGAAGACUCAGCAGACGCAAACGACAAUUCUAGCUCCGCUGACGGUUCUGACUCUGUUGAUGACAAUGGCGAUCCGAACCUCAAUGAUUCCACUACAGAGGAUUUCUCUGACCCUUCUAGUGUCGAUACCGAUACAAACAAUGAAGACAAUGGCGACAAUACUUCAAACAUAGGCAAUGAUACUGACGCUGACGACACCGAAACGGAGGGCGAGACUGCUGUAUCAGACAAUGUCAAUCCAGUAUCGCCUACUAGUACUUCGGCCAACACAGAUGAUGCAGUCACCUCCAUUCCACCAAAAUCCAGAGUGGCUUUGGCCAGUCCAAGUACUACGACAUCUCUGGGCGGAUGCUUCGAUAUCGAAGCUGCUCUGGACGUAAGCGCCGGAGCUGAUGGAAGCUUCUUCGGGUUGUUUGAUAAGAGUACUAAAGUGGACCUUUUCAACAAAAAAUUCGAAAUCUUGAAGAAAUGCUUCGGCUCUGGGGGGGAUGCUGCACGCCGUGAUUUGGCCAGCGUAUCUGCUCUCCGUUCUCGCUCGGCCAGCCGCUUGUUCUUCUCACGUGACAACUUGGCUGUUAAGGCGCGCGACUCUGGUCUGACUUGCUCGCCUGUAGCAGACGCCCAACAGCAAGAUAUCGCUGAUCAGACAGUAGCAGCUUCGGACAUCAAACAGUUGUAG